AUGCCUCUGUCCCUGAGAACGAGUAAUAUGGUGGAAAGUAUGAAAGAUCCCGAGACGAAUUCUAUUUCUGGGUGGAGAAGAUGGUUUAGUAAGGAAGGAUGGAAGUUGAGAACAGACCCGGCGAGUUUUGCAACUAGAGAAGGAUGGAGUAAUUCGGAUGUAGAUGUUGUUCCUCCCGAACAGCGAAGAUGGAGGGAACUCAAUUACCUCUUCCUCUGGUUAUCAGACGGUGCCAACGUGGGUACUAUGCAGCAAGCUGGAAGUAUAAUUUCUCUCGGAUUAAGUUGGAGGGAAGCGGCGGUAGCCAUAGCAAUAGGUAAUAUCAUCAUAGCCAUCACUACCACUCUAAACGGGAUCAUAGGAGCCAAACAUCAUAUUCCUUUUCCUAUCAUCUCUCGAGCUUCUAUGGGAUUUUACUUUUCGUAUUUCGCCGUGCUCUCUCGUUUAGCAUUAGGUUUGAUUUACUUUGGAAUCAACACAUAUAUCGGAGCAUCAUGUACACUCAUCAUGCUUGAAUCGAUUUGGCCAUCCUUCAAACACUUUCCAAAUCGAUUACCACCCAAUGCAGGAGUGACAAGUAACAAAAUGAUUGCUUAUUUCCUUUUUUGGUGCUUACAAUUCCCACUCGUCUUAAUCCAUCCAAGAAAAAUGCGUUGGUUAUUCCUCAUCAAAUCACUCUUUGCCGUCACCGCUUCUUUCGCUUUAUUAGGUUGGUGUGUUCAUACAGCUGGAGGAAGUGGACCUAUCUUUUCUCAAGAUACUACUGUUAAAGGAAGUGAACGAUCGUGGGCUUGGGUAGCAGGGAUGAAUAUUGCGAUUUCUGGAAAAACGACUUUAGCUAUUAAUAUGCCCGAUCUCACUCGUUACGCACGUAAACCUUCAGAUUCAUACUGGCAACUCCUCUUCAUCCCUCUCAUCUACUUUUCCUUCUCUUUCAUAGGUAUUCUCAUAGCUUCCUCCGCUCAAACAAUCUACCAUCAAUUAUAUUGGGAUCCAACAUCUAUCAUCUCCCUUUUACCUUCUCGAUCCGGUUCUUUUUUCUGCGCCUUCGCAUUCGGUUUAGCAACGUUAGGAACCAACAUCUCGACAAAUUCAAUAGCAACAAGUAACGAUUUAGCUUUUCUCUGGCCGGGUUAUGUCAAUUUAAGAAGAGGAGCUUUUGUGACUAGUUUGGUUGGGGGAUGGUUAACUUUUCCUUGGAAGAUACAACAAAGUGCGAAGGCUUUAACUACUUUUUUGAGUGGUUAUAUCGUGGUUUUAGCUCCGAUUUUGGGUAUAAUGAUCACGGAUUAUUGGAUCGUUCGUAAAGGUAAAUUACACAUACCAAUGUUAUACUCCAAUCAAGGGAUUUAUCGUUAUACUCGUGGUAUAAAUUUCAGAGCUCUAGUCACAUUGUUGAUUGUUGUACCUGUCAAUAUACCAGGUUUGGUGAAUGCUAUUCGACCUGAAGUGAAAGUGGGAAUAUAUGAUGAUCUUUAUAAAGCAUCAUGGUUCUUUUCUUUCUUCAUCGCCAUAUUCAUCUACCUCUUCAUCUGUUGGAUCUUCCCGCCAACAUCAACGUUCGUAUCGGAAACAGUGGAAGAAGUAGACGAACCAUCCAUUGAGGGGGAAAAUUGUCAAUGUUGCUUCUUUGUGAAAGUAUUGUUCUCACAUGUCAAUUGUUUGCUGUGUUAUUGA